AUGAAAAGUAGAAAUGUACCAAUUUCACCGUUGGUAACUGAAUGUAAACCACUACAAGAGAUAACAUUUCAUGACUUGUACGGUAGUGUCGGUUUUAACAAAUUAUAUCCUUACCCAAAAGCAUCAUUAAAUGUAUGUAGGAAUAAUGCUUUCAUAAGUCCUUUAAAAAUGUUACCCCAUGAAGGACAUCUUAUUGCUUCAUCUAAUAUAAAUCUCAAACAAUCCAAUUUAUCUCCAAAGAAAGAAGAAAAUUAUCAAAUAUGUACCAGAGAUCUCCAUCAACAACCACUUCAAAGAAGCUCAUCCAUUCAAUACGUUUAUUUUGGAUUAUUUGAUAAUCAGUUGAGUGAUUCUGAAGAUACACAAGAAGGUGGUUCUGGCUUGCUUGAGCCAUUUGAUAACCAGCUUCUUGAGAGAAAUGUUGAUCGCAAUAUAUCGCAUCAAAUAGGUAUUGAUAGUUUGUUAUUUGCUGAAGAAGGUGAUUCUCCUGAUAAUGUUUUUAGUGAUACUGAUGACGCAUAUUAUUGUCAACAAGAUUUACCAAUUUUGGAUUUAUUGGAUAGUAAUAAUCACAAUAUUGACGAUGGUAACGAUUUAUGCGAUUUAGCAUCAACUAUUGAAUAUUAG